CUGCCCUCCGGAGACGAACCAUUCGACUCGUGCGCGUCCCUGCCCUUCAAGCCGGAGCGCCGGAGCCCCAACUUUCCCGGCUCCCACCUUAAACUGCCCCCACCCUCCACGGCCCACCCCCCAGGAAAGAAAAAAAAACACACCGAGAAAAAAAACCCCAAAAAACAACACCCACUCCACGCGCCGGGGGGAUGAAGGAAAAGAGCGGCGCAAAAAAGCGGCGGGAGUAGCCCGCCCUCCCCCUUCACACACCCCGCACACCGCCCUCCCCUUCCUCCCCUCCCUCAGUGAACGAGGCCCCUCGCACAACGGCUCCUUGGAGAGGAGGGGGGGAAGGAAAAAAAAAAAGGCGGAAAAGAAAAAAAAAAAAAAAAAAAAAGAAAAGAAAUUAAAUUAAAUCACCGCCGCCUCUCCAGCGGUGCCGCGGCGGGUAAGGGGAGCGGCGGUGGCUGGGCAGAGAGGAGGCAGAGCGCGGGGGGCGAGCCGGGGAGCACCGCGCUCUCCCUCCCAAACUUUGAUGAUGACCAUGACUACGAUGGCUGACGGGCUGGACGCGCAAGACUCCUCCAAAUCCGCCUUCAUGGAGUUCGGGCAACAGCAGCCGCCGCCGCCGCAGCCGCCGCCGCCGCCCCACUCCCAGCAGAGCUCGCCGGCAAUGGCCGGAGCCCAUUACCCUCUGCACUGCCUGCACUCCGCCGCCGGCUCGCACCCGCACCACCAGCAUCACCACCACAGCUCGCCCUACUCCGGCAGCGCCGGCUCCUACAACCACCGCUCGCUGGCCGCCUACCCCUACGUGAGCCACUCGCAGCACAGCCCUUACCUCCAGUCCUACCACAACAGCAGCGCGGCCAGCCAGACGCGGGCGGACGAUGCAGAUCAGCAAAAAACCACAGUGAUUGAAAACGGUGAAAUCAGAUUCAAUGGAAAAGGGAAAAAGAUUCGGAAGCCUCGAACCAUUUACUCUAGUCUACAACUCCAGGCUUUAAAUCAUCGCUUUCAGCAGACUCAGUACCUGGCACUUCCAGAGAGAGCUGAACUGGCAGCUUCUUUAGGACUUACCCAGACACAGGUGAAGAUCUGGUUCCAGAACAAGCGCUCCAAAUUCAAGAAGCUGCUGAAGCAGGGCAGUAACCCCCACGAGAGCGACCCUCUGCCCGGCUCCGCUGCCCUCUCCCCUCGCUCUCCAGCUCUGCCUCCAGUCUGGGACGUUUCAGCCUCUGCCAAGGGAGUCAAUAUGCCUCCAAACAGCUACAUGCCUGGCUAUUCUCACUGGUAUUCUUCUCCACAUCAAGACACAAUGCAGAGACCACAAAUGAUGUGAAUUGUCCAAGAGAAAUAAUCUCCCAAGAACGCCUCGUCUCGACAUGGCAAGAAGUUCCCCUGCUUUGCCAAGCCGUGCCAGCUAACAGGCUCUGUGUGAACUUGUAGAUGCGGCAAAGAGACAGAGUGGCUUUAUUUUUUUUUUUUUUUUAAGUAACCUCAGCGAUUGAUCUUGAACAGAAAGACACAAUUUUCAUUCUGGCGCACAGAAGACACUACUCUUUAGGAUAUUUUCCUUUGGACUCCAAGGCACCAGCCUCUUUCUCUGUGGAGUAUACGUCAAAACAAACUUUUUACAGACUUUGCCCACAAGAACCUGAAUCUACCAUGGCAGCCGUUUUUACUUGUUUAAUGAGCUAAAGACAUUACAUGAUGAAAGAGAGACUAGUCAAAGCUCCUUCAUUUUUAUUCACCAAAUCUGGACUGGGGAAAGGAUUAAAAGACAGAAGAAGUGAUUUUUAAAAAAAUUAAGAUGGAGGGGGAAAAAAGGAGAACUGGUUGAAAAAUGCAAAUACACUGUAAGAUUAGAACAUUACCACGAAGCAAAAUCUGCAUGCUUUCUCAAAAUGUAAUGGGCUGCGGCUCAGAAGAAACCACCGUCUCUCACUCGAAGAGCCCCUCAUCCGCACAGACCCGCACCCGCACACAGCCCGACAGUCUCCCGGAGACGAGCAGCAAAGACAGAGCGAGGGAUCCGCGGCCAGACCCGCCGCGGGCUGGGGAAGGAAGGUUCAGCGCUGCCCGGCGGCAGCCUCAACCACUGAGCGAGAGGGACCUUUCCCCGAGCAACCUUUCUGUAUAUAUUGUUGAAUUUUAGUUGUACAUAUACUUUGUAUGUUUUUGUCUUCUUUCAUAUAUAGAGUAAAAGCCACAAAACGCCA